GUGAGCAGCCUCACUAACCGGAACGAUCGACCGAUCCGCUGCUCCACCGGCUUCUUUAUGCCGAUACACACAUCCUGUCCCUCUGGGAAACCGCCUACUUCCGGGGAGGGAUUGUGUGGAAGUACCCGGAACUGUUUGCAAGGUGCCGGCAGCCCGGCCGCUGAGAGCUUCUUCAGCUACGGAGCCGCCCGUUUCUCCUGCAGUUUCGGACAACGAGCGGCAGUGAUGACUCCGGUGUCUGGUUCGCGCAGGCCGGAGCGGGAGGCCUCGGGCUUCGGGGGGAAACGUCGCAGUUCGUCGAGGAGCCCCAGGCCCAGUAAAGCCGCCCGCUCCCCGCGGGGCCGCCGCUCGCGCUCGCGCUCACGUUCUUGCUCUCGGUCGGGAGACCGGAGUGGCCUCAGCCAAGGCUCCCGAAACCAGUCCUGUCGCUCCCGCUCGCGGUCACGCUCUCGAGAGCGGCCCUCUGCGCCACGGGGCACCCCCUUCGCUUCUGCCUCCUCGUCCGCCCAUUACGGCGGCUACUCGCGCCCCUACGGGGGCGACCAGCCGUGGCCUAGCCUUCUGGACAAGGAAAGGGAGGAGAGCCUGCGGCGGAAGAGAUUAAGUGAGAGAGAGAGGAUUGGAGAAUUGGGAGCUCCUGAAGUAUGGGGACUUUCUCCAAAGAAUCCAGAACCAGACUCUGAUGAACAUACACCAGUAGAGGAUGAAGAGCCAAAGAAAAGUACCACUUCAUCUUCUACCUCAGGAGAAGAAAAGAAGAAGAAGAAGAAAUCCAGUCGUUCAAAAGAAAGGUCCAAGAAAAGGAGAAAGAAAAAAUCAUCUAAAAGAAAGCACAAGAAGUAUUCUGACGAUAGUGACAGUGACUCUGAUUCUGAAACAGACUCCAGUGAUGAAGAUGCAAAAAGGAGAGCAGAGAAAGCCAAGAAAAAGGAAAAGAAGAAGAAACACAAAUCGAAGAAAUACAAGAAAAAGAAAUCGAAGAAGAGCAGAAAAGAUUCCAGUGAUUCAAGCUCUAAAGAUUCUCAAGAAGAGUUUCUGGAGUAUCCCUGGAAAGAUCGAUCAAAGCCUGAAGAACCCUCAGAUUUAAUUGGCCCAGAGGCUCCAAAAACACUUGCCUCACAAGAUGAUAAACCUUUGAACUAUGGCCAUGCCCUGCUACCUGGUGAAGGUGCAGCUAUGGCUGAAUAUGUAAAAGCUGGAAAACGUAUCCCGCGAAGAGGUGAAAUUGGCUUGACAAGUGAAGAGAUUGCAUCAUUUGAGCGCUCGGGCUAUGUAAUGAGUGGUAGCAGGCAUCGCCGGAUGGAGGCUGUGCGACUGCGGAAAGAAAACCAGAUCUAUAGUGCUGAUGAGAAGAGAGCCCUGGCAUCCUUUAACCAAGAAGAGAGGCGAAAGAGAGAAAACAAGAUUCUGGCCAGUUUUCGAGAGAUGAUAUACAGAAAAACUAAAGGGAAAGAUAACAAAUAAGGAUUUUCUAAUUGUUCAGCAGACAUUUUUAACAACAAGAAAGAAAGUGUGGGAUACACACACACACACACAAAUAUAUACACAAACAGAUUACUGUGAUCUGAAAGCUUUCAGUGCUACUGUGCCUUCUAUUUAAUUCCUUCAGUCCUUCAGUAAGAAGCUGCUCAUUGAUAGAACUUUAGCAAGUUCCUUGGGUUAUUUUGGAUUGCCCAUAAUAACUUUCUGGCUUAAAAAUCCAGAUUAUGAAUGAAAUCGUACUGGGGGAGGUGAAAUUGAGAGAAAGUGUCCGUGAGAGAGAAACUUUACUCUCACACCAUGGGACAGUACUACUAUUAGCUCCAUAGGAUGCCCACCCUCACCCCCACCCCAACUGCACUCAUGGGAAAUUAUUAUUCCUGUACGUUGACUAUGUUAUAAAUGGACUUGUAGAAAUAUACAGGAGGCCACUUUUGUCAACAGAAUGAAGGCAUUGCUGAAAAAAGCAAAUCUGGAAUUUGAAAAUUGACUUGUGUAAUACCAUAUAUAGUCUGCUCUGGAAAUUAUGUAUGUUGGUUUUAGUCCCUACCUCCACCCCCAAACCAACAAACAAACCAAAAAGCAAACUAACCCGUAGACUUAUUGAGUUGAAAAUGUGAACAUUAGUUCUUAAAAUUCUUACUAGGUUACUUAAAAAUGGUUUUCAAAUAUAAACUAUUGGGACUACUGUUGUGCCAAUGUAAGGUACAUUAUUUCCACCUAAGCUGUGCUUAAGUCACUGUUUGAAUACUGGAAACGAUCGACAGUGAACUGUGAUCACGUUUUGUAAGGAUGAAGCUACAAUGAUGUUGAACAUAUUUUAAGUCUGUCUGUUAUGUAAUAAGCGUAUUUCAUUUCAAGCAUUAUUAAACCUUUCAGUUUAUUUUUUGUAUCCGUCACGGUUUAAUCUUUUAUACUUUGUAUAGAACCCCCUCACCUUAUCACUUUUUUAUGGCUGCUGUUGACUUAAAUUUGGGAGAAAGGGAAAAUGCUGGAACUAUGAAAUUGUGAUCUGUUUCCAUCCUUUAUUUGUUCAACUUGAGUUGGUAGAUCACAAGAAUGAAAAGGGAGGAGGACAGUGGAAGUUUUGGCUGUUUGUGUUAAGAUUGUUUUGAGUUGUCUUAUUAUUAUGUGCCUAGGAUAAAUUUAAAUUACCUGAGUGAUGGGGAAAUUCGGACACUGCUGUUAUAAAAUACCCUCCUUUUGUAAUAGUUCAAUGUGGUUUUUUUCAAAGUUUUAAAAUACAGCAGUCAUAUUUCAAAGUAUAGGUCAAAAGUUUUACUGGUUGACAUAUGUUGUAGGGAAAUGUCUACCUUUAAUCCACAACUAAUGAACUAAAAACCCAGUUGGCAUGUAAUAACACUUAGGACCCCUGAAUUUGAAGUGAUUUCUAUUUAUCAUUGUUGCUGCCUAGCCUCAUAAAUCUCUCAUUUCCAAAAGUUAGAAGAAAACUAGGCCCCAAAUUUAUGAAUCGUAAUCCAUCUAGUUCCCUGUGUAAUAAAACCUAAACUUAUAAUCGCUACUUAAAAAUUUUGUUCUAUAAGAACAUAGUUUUUUUGUUAAGGAUUCCUGGGGACUGAAUGAGUUUGUUCUCUUUCAGUAAGCAAGGUAGUUUAUAUGCAACAACUUCAUGAUAUAUGAAUAUUGUGGAUUUUCAGUGGAUUCUCCUAUGUCCUCCACAGAGGAGAUGCUUGUUGAGUCAGUGAAAAUGUAUUAUUUCAGAACUUUUAACAUUUCUUUCAUCAGGGUUUGUUCAGCAAAGAUCUGUCAAAGAAUAGCUUUGGGAGCACAUUCUUUGGGAAAGAGGAAGGAAGAGUAAAAGGGCUGACAGUAAGUAUUUUCAGUUAGGAGAGUUACUGCUUGGAACUGUUCAGUCAUCUGAGCCAGAAGUCAAAUUAGGAGGGCUGUUGUAUUUGAAAUAUAUUUUUUGUUCUCCAAAGAGACGUAUCUUGUUUUCCACCCCCUCACCUGUUGCUCUAAUAAUAUUUUCCCUACUUUUGUAUUUACUGUACAAAUGUAACAGUUAAAAAAAGAAGAAAGAAAGAUUACCCACAGUCUCACCACAUCAAUUGUCUUUGGUAUUCUGUGUUCCCUUCCAGUGCUGGUCUACAUAAAUAUAUAUUCUGACAUGCCCGCAAGUAACUGCUUGUAAUGUAAUUUAGUCUUUGGUGUUUUAAAACUUUGCAGCCAGGCAAGGCAGCCUCACAGGGAUGGCAGGGACAAGUGACGAUCUGUGCGAAGAUGGAAAGAAGACAAAAAUAAGUAAGGGUGGCGACUGAACCUUCCCAGUUUCAUUGCCUCCAAUCCUCAAGUCACCUUGCUGCCGUCACAGUGUGGUGCUGCGGUGUGAGGCAGCAUGGCCCACUUCAGUUUCAGAAAGUAUUGUUGAACAGUGAGGCUGAGCUUGCAAUAAAUGGAAGGGGUCUGUGAGUAGGGAAACCCUUCAGACUGGUUGUAUUAAGAGCUAUAGAACUGUCGCCAUUUUUCUUUUCCCCAGCUAUUCCCGUAAAGAGACGUGUCUGGGCUGGAGAAUUAGGCUCAAAUGGGGGAACAAGCAGCCAAGUACCAUUUCAGUUUGGUCUGAUAGGUAAAUUUUAGUAACUGUCUAAGCUCAGUUUCUGUUCUCUAAGGCUGAGUGAUACAGACAGUGAUGGUAAAAACCUUGUAGAAAGCAGAAAACAACUUACUGGUUACUCUGCUAAUGUGGCAGAAGUUGCCAAAUGGAAAGUGAAUGAAUACAAAAAAACACAGCUGGUUAAUGUGCCACAAGUUUUAUUAUUCAAUAAAUAUUCUGUGGUUUGA